AUGGCCCUUCAAUAUCUUUCAUCCUAUUCCUCACUCUCCCAACUCAUCACCAUUCUUUGCUUCUAUAUAAUUCUUCAUUUCCCUUUUUAUUCAUCGUCGUCAUCAUUUCAUGUCUCUUCUACGUUUACUUUUACUCCUACCACUUCUUCUUUGAUUAUCGAGCAAGGAAAAGAAGCACUCACUCUUAUAACAUGGAAAUCUAGCCUUCAUACUCAAUCACAAUCUUUCCUUUCUUCUUGGUCUGGAGUUUCCCCAUGCAAUCAUUGGUUUGGAGUUACUUGCCACAAGUCAGGAAGUGUCUCCAGUUUAAACCUUGAGAAUUGUGGUCUAAGAGGUACGCUCCACAAUUUUGAUUUCUUUUCACUCCCUAAUCUUCUCACUCUUAAUCUUUCUAACAACUCCUUCUAUGGAACCAUUCCCACCAACAUUGGUAAUAUUUCCAAAUUGAUCACCAUCCUUGAUUUGGGUUUGAAUAAUUUCAAUGGCAUCAUACCUCACCAAGUUGGAUUGUUAACAUCUCUUAGUUUUCUUGCUUUGGCUACCAACCAUCUAAGAGGUCCAAUCCCUCAUUCAAUAGGAAACUUGAGGAACUUAACCACAUUGUAUCUUUAUGAGAAUGAGCUUUCUGGUUCGAUCCCUCAAGAAAUUGGAUUGUUGAGAUCUCUUAAUGAUCUUCAGUUGUCAACUAACAAUCUCAGUGGCCCCAUCCCGCCUUCUAUAGAAAACUUGAGGAAUUUAACCACUUUGUACCUUUAUCAGAAUGAGUUUUCUGGUUCCAUCCCUCAAGAAAUUGGAUUGUUGAUAUCUCUUAAUUAUCUUGCAUUGUCAACUAACAAUCUCAGUGGUCCCAUCCUGCCUUCCAUAGGAAACUUGAGGAAUUUAACCACUUUGUACCUUUAUCAGAAUGAGCUUUCUGGUUUGAUCCCUCAAGAAAUUGGAUUGUUGAGAUCUCUUAAUGAUCUUGAGUUGUCAACUAACAAUCUUAGUGGUCCCAUCCCGCCUUCCAUAGGAAACUUGAGGAAUUUAACCACUUUGUACCUUCAUAGGAAUGAGCUUUCUGGUUCGAUCCCUCAAGAAAUUGGAUUGUUGAGAUCUCUUAAUGAUCUUCAGUUGUCAACUAACAAUCUCAGUGGUCCCAUCCCGCCUUCCAUAGAAAACUUGAGGAAUUUAACCACUUUGUACCUUUAUCAGAAUGAGCUUUCUGGUUCCAUCCCUCAAGAAAUUGGAUUGUUGAUAUCUCUUAAUUAUCUUGCAUUGUCAACUAACAAUCUCAGUGGUCCCAUCCUGCCUUCCAUAGGAAACUUGAGGAAUUUAACCACUUUGUACCUUUAUCAGAAUGAGCUUUUUGGUUUGAUCCCUCAAGAAAUUGGAUUGUUGAGAUCUCUUAAUGAUCUUGAGUUGUCAACUAACAAUCUUAGUGGUCCCAUCCCGCCUUCCAUAGGAAACUUGAGGAAUUUAACCACUUUGUACCUUCAUAGGAAUGAGCUUUCUAGUUCUAUCCCUCAAGAAAUUGGAUUGUUGAGAUCUCUUAAUAAUCUUGCCUUGUCAACUAACAAUCUCAGUGGUCCCAUCCCGCCUUCCAUAGGAAACUUGAGGAAUUUAACCAAUUUGUACCUUUAUAAUAAUGAACUUUCUGGUCCCAUCCCUCAAGAAAUUGGAUUGUUGAGAUCUCUUAUUGAACUUGACUUGUCUGAUAACAAUUUGACGGGUUCGACCCCUACUUCCAUAGGAAACUUGGUCAAUUUAAUGUAUUUGUAUCUUUCUCAUAAUAAACUAUUUGGUUCCAUUCCACAAGAGAUUGAAUUGUUGAGCACUCUUAAUAAUCUUGAGUUGUCAAAUCACAUUUUGAGUGGUCCGAUCCCCCAUUAGAUUGGAAACCUGAGCAACUUAAUCAGUUUGUUCCUUCAGGGUAAUAAACUUUCUGGUUUCAUUCCA